AUGUCCGCGCUCCGUGCCUUUGCGACGCGUCGCUGCUCCCCGCUGGUGAUGCAGCGCGCUGGGUUUGCACAGUCGAGGGUGUGUGCUGUAGGCAAGGAAUCGGCUUUGCACAACGAAGGCCGCGCCGAAGAAAUCGAGCAGAAGAAGCGCGAACAGCUGCAGAAGCAAAAGGAAGGGAAAGCCCACUGGGAGGAGAGUCUAGCCAGUGACGGUGAAGCGGCUGUCAAGGCGGAUCGUGCGGAGACGGGCCAGGAUAUCAAGGUUUUGCAGAAGGAGGCUGAGAAGGUGCGGAAGCAGUAG